UUUUUCCUUUCAGAAACUGGACAGAGGGCAUGGAAAAAGGUAAUCACUCCACAGUGACCAAAUUCUUUCUUGCUGGGUUAACAGACCAACCAGAGCUGCAGCUGCCCCUGUUUCUCAUCUUCCUUGGAAUCUACCUGCUCACAGUGCUGGGGAACCUGGGAAUGAUCAUCCUGAUCCUGCUCAGCUCCCACCUGCACACCCCCAUGUACUUCUUCCUCAGCAGUCUGUCCUUCAUUGACCUCUGCCAAUCUACUGUCAUUAUCCCCAGAAUGCUGGUGAACUUUGUGAUGGAGAAGAAUGCCAUCUCCUACCCUGAGUGCAUGAUUCAACUUUACUUCUUUCUCCUUUUUGCUAUUUCAGAAUGUUACAUGCUGGCUGCAAUGGCCUAUGAUCGCUAUGUCGCCAUCUGUAGCCCCUUGCUGUACAGCAUCAUCAUGUCUCAACAGGCCUGCCUUUCUCUUGUUUCAGGAGUGUAUGUAAUAGGUGUAGUUUGUGCAUCAGCUCACAUAGGAUGUAUGUUUAGGAUUCAUUUCUGCAGAUAUGAUUCGAUCAACCAUUAUUUCUGUGACCUUAUUUCUCUCCUUAAGCUCUCCUGCUCUAGUGUUUAUGUCAAUGAAUUGAUGAUUCUAAUAUUUAGUGGAAUUAAUAUCAUUGCCCCAACCCUGACCAUCCUUAGUUCUUAUGCUUUCAUCAUUAUCAGCAUCCUACACAUUAAAUCCACUGAAGGAAGAGCCAAAGCCUUCAGCACCUGCAGCUCCCACAUCUCAGCUGUUGCUCUCUUUUUUGGUUCUGCUGCAUUUAUGUAUCUGAACCCAUCAUCUUCCAGCUCCAUGGAUGAAGGGAAAGUAUCUUCUGUGUUUUACACUAUCAUUGUGCCCAUGCUCAACCCCCUGAUAUAUAGUCUGAGGAAUAAGGAUGUCAAUAUUGCACUGAAGAAAAUGAUAGAAAGAAGACCAUUUUUGUGAAAAACAUAAUGUGUAAAAUAUUCCAUUAGAUCUUCAUCUGUGGCCACUACAUAGUAUGAAUUGAAUGAAUUUAUUUUAUUCAGCCUAUGUAAUUUUUCUUCAUCUAAUAAGAUUCUGUGGCUUUAUUUAUUUUCAAUGGUCUUAAUACUAUUCUCUCAAUAUUCCACCUCAUAUCUUCUCCUUUGGGAUCACUUAUAUAUUCUUAAUAUCUGGAAUGUAUUUGCUACUACCAGGCCUUGAUAAUUUUCUUGAUAUUUUUAAAGUAUUUGACAGCCAAUAUGUAACCAACAUAGUUGUUGCUUAUUAACCAUUCUGUGUUUCAUUCAGCAUUUUCUGGUUUGGUUAAAAUACAUCAUACAUAAAUUUCACAAAUG